AUGGAGUUCUGUAACAUUUUCCGACGACAACUCCUUACAUUCUCUGUUACACUUCUUCUUUCCAUGUCUCCGACAACCCAACAAAAACUCGCUCUCCAUGAUCUUAAUGCCCUUCGUCAGAUCAUGGACACCCUCACCGACGUCAACAAUGGCGGAUUCUUUUCCACUUGGAACUUCACCUCGCCGGAAAACCCUUGUUCUACCUUCACCGGCGUCACCUGCUCCGCCAUUAAUGGUCAGUUACGAAUCACCUCUCUCUUUCUCGGUACCGGACUCUCCGAUUCACCUGGACUCUCCGGUACAAUCUUCGCCCCUGGGAUCUAUGAUCUCACUGAGUUGACUCAGCUCAUUCUCUACCCCGGAAUCGUCACCGGAUUCAUCCCGUCUCAACUCGGCCACCACCUCAAAAACCUCCGUGUCCUAUCGCUCACCAAUAACCGCCUUACCGGAACCAUCCCGGAGACUAUCUCGGAGCUCCGAAACCUCCACACUUUAGAUCUCAGCCACAACAAACUCACCGGCGAAAUCCCACCGACGCUCGCCGCCGGAUUACCGGACCUCAAAGUGUUGGUCCUCGCAUACAACGAUCUCGCCGGAGAAAUCCCGGAAUUCUCCAAUGAAUCACAACUCAUCCACUUGGAUUUGAGAAACAAUAUGCUAUCGGGAAUGCUGCCGGAAACGAUGCCGGCGACGCUCCGUUACUUAUCCUUAUCGAGUAACGGUCUGUGGGGCCCACUACAAUCGGUACCAUCAUCAUAUUUAGUGUAUCUCGAUUUAAGCAUGAACCACUUCAGUGGGCCCAUACCCGAUUCACUCUUCCGAUCAUCCCUCUCAUCAAUGUACCUCCAACGGAACAAUCUCUCCGGCCACCUCCCACCACCACCGCCAUCUUUCGAAUCCUACGGUCCAGGAUCCACCAUUGAUCUCAGCCACAACUUCCUCUCCGGCGAAAUACCCGACUUUCUAGACGGCGUCGAGACCCUUUUUCUUAACAGCAACCACUUUACCGGAAAAGUUCCGAAGGAUUACGUCGAGAAUGUGAUGGCCGGAAUGAUGAGAACACUAUACCUGCAACACAACUACAUAACGUCGUUCCCAAUGGAGAAGACAGGGGAUGUGGUGUUGCCAGAUGGGGUGGCGUUGUGUCUGAGUUAUAAUUGCAUGGUCCCACCGGCGGUGGGGCUAACGGCGUGCCCGGCGAGUGCAGGUGGACCGGUUUCGAGACCAUCUGGACAAUGCUCUGUGUUCAAUAGUGAGAACUCCAUGGGGUAA